AUGUCUAAGAAAGAUCCGCCUGAGACCGUUGCUGGCGCUGCUGCAGACCGCGCGGAGCAGCUGGCAAAAGAUCUCGCCCGUGCCAAAGAGGCUGGAUGGACCAACCCAAUCCCCUUCCAGUAUGAUACUGUCGUCGGCGGCACGCCUGCUGCAGACGAGACUCGCGACGCCGCUCCCUGGCUGUCCGAUGCCGCCGUCUAUCAGUGGGAUGAUGAGUUUGGCGAUGUCGGUGAGCCCAAUCCUGAGCUGGAGAAGAUGCUCUUCCAGGAUGAGUAUCUGCAGCGUGCCGGCAGUGCGAUCAGCGCUCUCUCAUUCGAAGUCACUGUUCAAGGCCCUACCAAGAUCAACCCUGUUCGCAACUUUGAAGAUGCUGGUCUGCACCCGGUCAUGCUUAAGAAUGUCAAGUUGUGCCAAUAUGGUGCUCCAACUCCUAUCCAGUCGUAUUGUAUCCCAGCCAUUCUGACUGGGAACGACGUGGUCGCUAUUGCGCAAACUGGAUCUGGAAAGACUGCUGCAUUCCUGAUUCCCAUCCUCUCAAAGCUCAUGGGUAAAGCUCGCCAGUUGGCGGCACCUCGACCCAACCCAGCCCGCUACAACCCUCUUACAGACCGGGUCCGUGCCGAGCCUCUGGUAUUGGUUGUGUGUCCUACCCGCGAGCUCGCUACUCAGACGUUCGACCUGACUCGUCGCCUGUGCUACCGUACAAUGUUGCGCCCUUGCGUUGUGUAUGGAGGUGCUCCCACUAGGAAUCAGCGCGAGCAGCUCGAGAUGGGCUGUGACAUCCUGAUUGCCACUCCAGGACGCCUCAUGGACUUUAUGCAGAACAACAAUCUCCUGUCGCUCCGCCGCCUCAAGUUCACCGUCGUCGACGAAGCUGACGAGUUACUUUCGAGCGGCUGGGAGGAAGCCAUGGAGAAAGUGUUCUCGGGUGCUGACGUCAACUCCGAUGCGGAUCAUACCAUUGUCAUGCUCUCUGCCACCUUCUCUAAAGCUGCUCGUAGGCUUGCCAAGGAGUACAUGGAAGAAGCCUUUGUUCGAAUCAAAGUAGGAAGGGUCGGCAGCACUCAUCGCAACAUCAAGCAGGAGAUUCGCUUCGUUGAGGAAACUGAUAAGAACGAAGCGCUCUUCGAUUUGCUCUUUUCUGGUGGCCCACAGCGUUCCCUCAUCUUCGUCAACACCAAGUACAAAUGCGAUAAGGUCGACGACUUUCUGUACAACAAAGGCUUGCCCGUCACUUCAAUCCAUUCAGAUCGCACUCAGCGUGAGCGCGAGGAUGCUCUUCGUUCGUUCCGGACUGGCCGUUGCCCUAUUCUGGUCGCCACUGGUGUUACUGCUCGUGGUCUCGAUGUCGCCAACGUUAAGCAUGUCAUCAACUACGACCUACCCUCAAGCCAGCACGGUGGCAUCACUGAGUACGUUCAUCGCAUUGGCCGCACCGCGCGUAUUGGCAACGAAGGAAAAGCCACCUCAUUCUUCAACGACGACAACAAGGAUAUUGCUGAAGAUAUGGUCAAAGUUCUCAUCGAAUCGGGGCAGGAGGUGAGCGACUUCCUUGAGGAGUUCAAGCCUCAAAACCCGUCGGCGAUUGAGUGGCAUGAUGGCACUGACGACGAGUCUGACGAUGGCCUUGGUGGUGGUUUUGGCGGAGAGGCUGGCGGAUUUGACGUUGGUGCCACCUUUGGUAACGAUGCAGCUGCUGGCUUUGGUAGUGCUGGGGGGUUUGAUGGUGAGGGCUUCUCUGCAGAUGCUGACAACAAGGUUGCAUCUUGCUUUUGGCACUCGAUCGCGUAUUUUUUCCGGCUCCCAUUCCACAUCCAAUGGCGGACGGCGCUCGUACAACUCCCGCGCUUCGUGCCGUUAUCCAUCCUGCACCUGACGUCGCCGAAGGGUCCGCAUCCAUUCCUGAUUGCGCUACCGAGCCGCAAGGGACAUCUCAUCUACGCGUACACGUUUGUGCCGCCGGCGCCGGUGGAUGCGGAUGCUGAGGGUGAGCAGCAGCGGAAAGAGACGGGCGAAUGGCAUGUACCGGUUGUUUUGGACUUGCAUGGAGGCGGCUUCAUCAUGGGCUCGCCGCUGGAACAGGCACCGUAUGCAUCAAUGAUGUCGCGUGAGCUGGGGGCCGUGGUGCUGAGCGUGUCGUAUCGCAUCGGACCGUUCCACCAGUUCCCCGCGGCGAUUCACGAUGCAGAGGAUGUGCUAUCUGCGAUUCUAGAUACGAGCGGGACAUCAGAAGCAGGCAAGGUCCUGCGGCAAGAGGUGCAGAGAUACUACUCCAUGGUACGGACGAAUGUGCUGGAGGGGAAGAACAAAAAAGAGCCGGUUCUUCCACACAUUGAGCAUGUCACGGAUAUGGUGCUUGAUCCCACACAUCUGGCGAUAUCCGGUUUCUCAGCCGGAGGCAACAUUGCGCUCAACAUGGCGAUAUCGGUUCCGCCCUGUCCGCAGAUGGGAAUGAUGGAAUCACAAACACUCGGGCCUGCGGGUCACGAUUGCAUGUCACCGACGCUCCCGGCAAACCGUAGAGCAACAAUCCUAGACGAUCCAUUCCAAUCAUGGCCAUCGCUCCUCCCACCACCCGAAGUGCAACCGCGACUGCUCCCACUGCUACUGUUCUACCCGUCUCUCGACGCACGGCUGCUGCCCCACGAACGCCCGCGGAAGCCCAUGCCCAGCGCGCUCAAACCAGACGACCACCACGUUGAGAAGCCAAGACAGCCAGGUCUGUUCUCUAUCUUGGGACCAACGUACCUGCCCAAGAAACUACGGGCGCAUCCUCGGGCUAGCCCUGGUCUCAACGACCCAGAGCAUAUCCAAAAGAAUGCAGCUAUUUUCCUUGUGCUACCGGAGAAGGACUCGCUAGCGGUGCAGAGUGAUGUGUGGGUUGACAAGCUGAACAGCAGCAAUUGGACGGGCCCCGUACGCUUUGGCGAUGACCGAGCAGGUGAUUGGGACGGCACGACGGGCGGUGAUGAUGAUGAUGAUGGCGAAGGCCAAGAAUCGAGCUCGAAUGCAUGUUCCAAUGCCAAGAAUGGCGGACUGGAGAUUUGGCAUGCACCGGGUUGCAGGCAUGGGUGGACGCAGUUCCCCAAUUCCUUUGUGCCGGAGCAUGAGGCACGUGAGCGCGAGGCGGUAUUUGCACGGACAGUGCGAUUUGUGAGGGAGAAGUGGGAAAGGGAGUUGGUACUGGAAUGCUAG